AUGCCACGCCACACCAUGCCACGCCACGCCGGGACUCACCCACACCCACGGGGGAGAAUGACACCAAACACUCCCACAUUAUUUCCACACUCCACUCAUCCAUACGUCCACCUAACGCCGGGACGGGCUGUGGGGCCUCCAAAACACAGCACUGUGACCCGCGGCGAGAAGGUGACGGUGACGCUUCAAGGCUCACACAGGGGAAGAUGCGUAUUGCUGGACGUGUCUUCUACCUCCUCCAGUCCUCACUCCUUCCCUUCUCUCAGUGUUCUACCGCAUCUCGUUCCUCUCAGUGUGUCUGUCAGUUCCUCUCAAGGCAGCCUGAUUUCCUGUGCCUCUAGAGCUUCUCUCAGCGCACAACAGAAGCUUGGUGUGCUCCUCAAGUGUGUAUUGACGUUUCGUGAUGUGGUUCUCUACCGUUCGUUGUGUCUGCUUGCUGUAACACUGACUCCUGCCUCUUGCAAGGUGUGGGUCUUAGUGCUACUGGCGCUGCUGGUGUGCCUCGCCGCAGCUGACCCCGAGGCAGCAAGGGGCGGGGUCCACUUCAAAGUCAGACCCACGCGCCGCAACCCACGCAAGUCCCAGGCCAAGAAAACCCGCCCUAAGCCUGUCUUCAGAACUCUGCGCUACCAGCCUUACUACGAGUCCUACCAGGCGCCUUAUGACCCCACUGGACACGGCGACCCACACUUCUCCUACUUCCAAGGUAGCUGAGUGAUGCUGGAAACCUGGAAUCCUGCAUCACCACAUCUCUCUCUACAAGGGAAGCUACAUCACUCACUGCUAUCCUUGAACCUCACACUUGAAUAUGUAAAGACCAACAUAUCUUUAAUAGAAAACUGAUUAACCCACUUCAGUACUGGGACACAUUUUUACCUUGAGUUUUCGAUGUGAUUAGACGAUCUUAUUGACAUUAGCAAGGGUCUAUGGAGUUCAGGAGUUUAAUAAGUUUCUGAAGCUGUAUAAAAUCACUAAAUAAUAAGCAGAAUUAAUAUGAAAACUGAUGGAGGCCAAAGAUUAAUGGCCACUGUCUCCAAUAUUCUGAUCCCCCACAUUUAAGUUCCUGAAGCUGUAAAAAAUCACCAAAUAGUAACCAGAAUGAAUAUAAAAAUAUGUCAUGGUACUGAAGGGGUUAAGGGUUUAUAUCUAACUACAACACUCACUUAGCCUUUGAGUCAGCCAGAACUCUCACAGGAUUCCUAGACACUCUCAGACUCUUUAACCUGCAGCUCUGAUACUGUUGAUCUGAGCCUCCUUCCUUCUGGUGGAUGGCAUGUCUAGGGGAGGUGGAAAGGACAUGCACUCAGGAAUGUGUUGAAGGUGGAGGUUGAGGGGCUGAAGAGGACCUGGAGAUUGCGUACAGGUGAAAGAUGAGUGGCUAGGAAGGUAUUAUGACUUGGAUGGUGAGAGUAGGGAAGAAGAUGACAGGAUAGGAGUUGGGAAGGUGUUAGAUGAUGAAUGAAAGAUGAGAGAAGGAUGAAAGUGAAGGAAUAUAACAUUGUGUGCCGCCCAACUGUGUGAGGGGAAACAUGAGCACUGAAGAUGAGAAUCCUUACAAUAUUAAUAUUAAGUGGGGAAAGAAAUGGAGUUUGUAUAAUAAUAAGUUUACUGACUCUUUUUGAAUAGACAUAACAUUCACCUGUACACACUUGACCUCCUUAUCUUGUAAGAAAGUGAUCCUGUUUACACAAUAUUGGUUCCUACUUAGUUCCAUGUGGAUUGAUUUUAUUUUAUUAUCAAACUACACUUGACACUGUGUAAAAAAUAUAAAUACAAAUUCUGCUUCUCUAAAUA